AUGUCAACUCUCUCACAGUAUAAAAAGAGGUCUAAGCAAGAAUAUCUAUCUAUCUAUCUAUCUAUCUAUCUAUCUAUCUAUCUAUCUAUCUAUCUAUCUAUCUAUCUAUCUAUCUAUCUAUUAACUCAGUCUAUUCAUUAUCUAUCUAUCUAUAGUUCGAUCGAUCGAUCUAUCCCAGUCUCCACAUUAUGUAUCUAUAAAUUUCAGUUUCUUAAUUAUCUAUCUAUCUAUCUAUCUAUCUAUCUAUCUAUCUAUCUAUCUAUCUAUCUAUCUAUCUGUUAUGGGAUCUUACCCAUAAUAACAAUAAUUGUUCGUACUAACACUUCAACUUCUCUGAACCGGACCAUAACACUAUCUAUCUAUCUAUCUAUCUAUCUAUCUAUCUAUCUAUCUAUCUAUCUAUCUAUCUAUCUAUCUCAGUCUCUUCAUUUACUACCUUUCUCGGUUUAUUCAUUAUCUACUUCUCAAUCUAUCUCACUGUUCAUAUCUAGCUAUCCAGAUCAGACUCAUCAUUAUCUAUCUAUCUAUCUAUCUAUCUAUCUAUCUAUCUAUCUAUCUAUCUAUCUCUAUCUAUCUAUCUCUUCCGUUCAUAUUUGUCUGUGUGUCUAUGUGUAUCUAUCUAUCUAUCUAUCUAUCUAUCUAUCUAUCUAUCUAUCCCUCGACUAA